CCUUUUCUGUUGUCCCAGUGGGAGCCUGCAGAGUGGGGAGACUGGAACUCUUUUCUCUGUGUAUGAAUCCUUUCUGGGUGGAGUUCCCGCAAGGGCUCAUUUUCCCCUCCCCGAAGGGGGACAUGUGGUGGGCCAGUUCUGGAAGGGAGUGAGCCCUGCGUGUUAUCCCUGUCACUCCCUCCCGGGUUCACUCAAAGAAGAGAGCCUUGCUCAGGGAAAAGCCCUUCUAGGCGCGGAACCUUUCUACCGCUUAUCCUUGUUCCCGCCCGGAACGACGUGGUCCCUUCCGGGUUCGGUCGCUAUGGCGCUGGCGCUGCUGGGUUCGUUCCUGGCGGCGCUGCUUGCGCUGGUGUGGCUGGGCUCGCGCUGGCUGCGACGACGCGGCGCGGGUUGGGGACACCGAACCCUGUGUGCGGCGGCACCAGCGCGGGCCGAUGACGUACGUGCCCUGGUCGUGACGGCGCACCCUGAUGACGAAGCAAUGUUCUUUGCUCCCACAAUCCUCAGCCUGGGCAGGUUUCAGGCUCAACUCUGGCUGCUGUGCUGCUCUUCAGGAAAUUACUACAAUCAAGGGGAGAUUCGUAAGAAUGAACUUGUACAGAGUUGUGCUAUUUUGGGGAUCCCUCCUUCCAAUGUAACAGUUAUUGACCACAGGGACCUUCCAGACGAUCCAGCUGUUGAAUGGGACACACAUCUCCUCUCUACCUUUGUGCUAAAGCACAUAGAAACCAACCAUAUCAACCUGGUGAUAACCUUUGAUGUGGGAGGAGUGAGUGGCCACGCUAACCACAUCGCCCUUUACACUGCUCUAAGGUACCUGCAGUCAGAGGGGAAGUUACCUGAAGGGUGCCGGGUCCUUACCCUCAAAUCAGUAAACCUCCUCCGGAAGUACAUCUCCAUCCUGGAUGUGCCCAUUAGCUACCUCCAGUCCCAGGAUGUUCUCUUUAUACUAACAAAGGAGGAAUCUGAACAAGCCAAGAGAGCCAUGCGGUGCCAUCACAGCCAGCUUCUCUGGUUCCGACACACCUACAUCCUGUUCUCACGCUUCAUGGUGAUCAAUUCACUUUGCCUUCUGUAAAGGGAAGGAGAAUCAUACACACUUCCAGGGGUAUUGAGAAACCAGAGAAGGGCGACAAAGAAAAGAGAGUCUCUGCCUGACCAAGCACUAUUGAAAGCUCUUGUUUCUUUAAUGCCUCAAGACGAGGACAGAAUUCCACCUUCUGGGAUACACAUUGUCCCUUGGGGUUUGAACCAGGAUCCUCACAGCCCUCAGGCUGUAACACUGAACCGCACAGGCCUGCCUGUCAGUCAGCCAGUUCCUGCUGAUGGAGGGCUGGUUUCUUGACUUUAAAAUGCCAAAACUUUAGGAAUAAAAUAUUAAAAAUUA